AUGUCCGGGCAUUGGGAUAAGGUCAUCAAACUGGCCUGUAAGCCUAAACAGGCCUCUCCGAAAGCCAAGGCACAUGAUGGGACUCUACGGGACAUUUGCGCAUCGUUGGCAGUACGGUUGAGGGAACCAUCUCUUGUG